AUGGCCCUAUCAAAAAAGACCGAUAUUCGUCAAAUGUGGCAAAAAAUCCCAUUCGCACUCGACUUCAAGGUGUAUCUUUUUAACUACACUAAUGCUGACGAGGUUCAAAAAGGAGCUUUACCUAUUGUGAAGGAAGUUGGACCUUAUUAUUUCGAAGAGUGGAAAGAAAAAGUGGAAGUUGAAGAUCAAGAUGACACAGAUACAAUUAACUACAAAAAGCUAGAUAAAUUCUACUUCAAGAAAGAGUUAUCAGGAUCGGGCUUAACUGGAGAAGAAGUAAUAGUUAUGCCCAAUGCAUUCAUGCUCGGUAUUGUUACAAUUAUAAAUCGGGAGAAACCAGCAAUGCUCAACAUGAUUGGGAAAGCUAUAAAUGGCAUAUUUGAUAAUCCUACAGAUGUGUUCAUUAGAGUCAAAGUUUUAGAUCUAUUAUUUCGAGGGGUUGUUAUAAAUUGUGCUAGAACUGAGUUCGCUCCUAAAGCAGUAUGUACAGCUUUGAAGAAAGAAGCUGCAGAUUCAUUGAUUUUUGAACCCAACAACCAAUAUAGAUUUUCUUUAUUUGGGAUGCGUAACGCGACCGUGGAUAAGCAUAUGAUAACUGUGAGACGUGGUAUAAAAAAUGUAAUGGAUGUUGGUAAAGUAGUGGCAAUCGAUGGUAAAAUGGAGCAAGAAAUUUGGAAAGACAAAUGUAACGAAUUCGAGGGAACAGAUGGAACUGUAUUUCCACCAUUUUUGACUGAAUUUGAUAAUCUAGAGUCAUUUUCUGGUGAUUUAUGCAGAACCUUCAAACCGUGGUACCAAAAGAAGACAUCCUACAAAGGUAUCAAAACUAACCGGUAUAUCGCCAACAUUGGGGAUCUCGCCAACGAUCCCGAACUCCAAUGUUACUGCGAGUCUCCAGAUAAAUGUCCGCCCAAUGGCUUAAUGGACUUGACCAAAUGUAUAGGUGCACCUAUGUAUGUGUCAUUGCCACAUUUCUACGACAGUGACCCACAGCUCCUACAAAAUGUUAAAGGGCUAAAUCCAGAUGUAAAAGAACAUGAAAUUACUAUUGAUUUUGAACCGAUUACUGGCACUCCAAUGGAAGCAAAACAAAGAGUACAGUUUAAUAUGCAGCUGAUAAAAGUUGAGAAAUUGGAAUUAUGCAAAGAUCUACCUGACGUUAUAGCGCCUUUGUUUUGGAUAGAAGAAGGUCUUGCUUUAAAUAAAACAUUUGUGAAUAUGUUGAAACAUCAACUUUUUAUACCUAAGCGUAUUGUGAGCGUAGUGCGCUGGAUGCUGGUGUCAUUUGGCUUCUUGGGCUGCCUCCUUUGCUUAGUGUUUCACUUCAAAGGGCACAUAGUUCGCUUCGCAGUAACGCCCGUCUCAUCAACCACAAAAGUAAACGCUGAAGCCACGAUCAACGAACAAAAAGACAUUAGUAUUGUUUCACAAGAACCUCCUAAAAUAGAGAUG